AUGGACUGCGCUCCAAAGCCUACGCUUCCGCGAUUGACCUUCAGCCUGCAGUGCAGGUUUUGCGCAGGCAAGAUCAGUUUGGAAGACGUGGAUGCUCAGUGGGGGCGGCCAGGGGCAGAGGCUAGGUAUGGCAUUGAGGGAGUUGGAGUCUUUGACAGGUCCUGCAUGGUUGGCGAGACUAGCGCGAGACUAUCCCCACUGGCAUUUGAACCUCCUGCAGCUCGGCUACCCUUUCCUGUGGAUGCGAGAGCGAGGAGCAUGUGUGCUAGAUCGAUUCCGUCCCGAGGUGGCAAUUUCGGCGCCACAGCCUGA